AUGGUUUCUUCUACCAAGCCCAAGCUCGCGCAGCUCAAGACGCCGAUGACUUCGACCUUCCCCUCGGAGCUGUCUGCUCUCUCUGGCAGAUCACCUCUGCCGGGCUAUGCCGACUUCAUCAUCAAGCAGGAGGACUUCAUCAAGACGCCAAUCACCCCUCCGACAGCGUAUACGGACUUCCUGAAAAUGGCGAGUCCUGUCACUGCAGACAACAAGUCGUCCGGGAGAACCACGCCUACCUCUGCUCCCUCAACCGGCUCCAGCGAACACAGCGAUUGCUCGUGCAAUUGCGAGAGCCAUAAAUCUCCUACCUCCGCCUCUACCAACAAUCACUUUGUCUUCCCAGCGUCUGCGCCAUCAUCGUCAAGACUGGGACGGCUCAGGAUACCUCCAUCACCAGCUUUCACUGGUGCCGACUCGCCACUGAGCGCAACCUCCGCCCACACCCUCCGCUCUCCCUUCAGCGCGCGAAGUGCACGAUCACCAUACGAUUGGGACCUCAAGAGCAAGGGAAGAUACUCCUUCGAUAUCAAGUCACCGAAAUCAGCACGAUCGAGUACGCGGACAGUUAGAGAAAUCGUUACACGGACAGUCACAUAUACCCCGCGCAUGAGCCCAGCGCCAAAGGGCAAGAGGAGGAAGAUAGAGUAG